CUAGAUGUAGAAUAUACCAAAGCAUGGGGAGUAUGUGCUGCUAAAGAAUCUAAGUUUGGUAGAUUGAGGCCAUUAAUGAAGCUGUUAGAAAUAAGUUGUCAUGGUGUACCAUGGCUGGUUGCAAAUGUUAUAUUUUUCUUAUGUGUUCAUAGAGAACAAGAUGUAGAGCUCCUUGUUAAUUUAUUCUUUGCUUUAAUCUUUGACUGUAUAGUUGUAGCUGUUUUAAAAAUGGUGUUCAGAAGACCAAGACCUCCUGCCAAUCAAAUGGACAUGUUUGCUACAAUAUCUGUGGAUACCUAUUCAUUCCCUUCUGGUCAUGCUACAAGAGCAGCCAUGCUAGCUUUUUUCUUCUUAAAUAAAUAUUUACAAAAUUGGUGUGCAGUAUUGGGUGUUUUAACCUGGUCAGUAGCAGUCAGUAUAUCUCGACUGUUAUUAGGUAGACAUCAUACCAGUGAUAUCUUUAUAGGUUAUAUUAUUGGCUUCCUAGAGUAUAUUAUUUAUAAUAAAUUCUGGAUU